GACGCCAGCCGCUGGGAUUCCGCUUACCGCCACGCAGUGCGCGGCUGCUUGGAAUUGUCCGGCGACGGGCCCUUCAUUGGUAUUGGGAGUAUGGAGAACUUCGCGCAGGGCUACAAGUGCAAGGGCUUGCUGUUUGGUGGGCCCGGGAAUUUGUCGAACGGCUCUGCGGCACUCAAGACGCAGUUUGGUGAGGAGGUGUCCAAGGGAAUGGGCGGUGUCUCGGUCCAGCGUUUGCAGCGCGGCGCAUGGGACAUGCCCAGGUUUUCCCGCUGGUCCAGGCCGGCAAAGAUGGUUUUUGAAGGAUUAUGGGAGAUUGAGCAAAUGAUGGUCGGUCCAGAGCUUGGGGAGUACCCCUUAGCCAAGAGCAUGGAUCAGAAGGCCGUCAUCUUGAAAGUUAUGGCGUGCCCGGAGGAUUCCUACCAGAUUCACGCCAAAGUCGUGAAUAAUCUUAGUUUUUCUGCGUCCUCCGGCGCAGACGCAGUCUUGGCUCCGUUUGAUGCCUUGUCUGUGAAGCCUGGCAUAUCAACCAUGAUGAUGGGUCCCGAGCCGAUGAUGGAAGUUGAAUACAAGCUUCUGGGCCCACAGUCCGCGGCGACCUCCAACGCUCCUUCAGAUAGCCAGAAGGGAGAUCCGCAAUGGGAACCUGCAUCAGGCAGCCUGGCUUCUGAACACGUGUCAGAAGUGUCAUCAGGCUCCCGAUCCAAGCACUUACAGCGAGCUCAUCGUGGCUUUUGCCAACGCUCGCCUUAUGAGAGAGGCUGUAAGCUGGAUGACAGUGGCGCUGGAGAUGAACCUGGAGCUGGAUCUGGCAGCCUUUACUGCCGUAGAUCUGCACCAGGGCCAACGAGAUGUCGGUCCGCGAGAGAAGGACCUGGAUGCAGAAGGCCACAAGAAAUGGUGGUCAACGGUUUCCUACAUGCGGCAAGUUGGUCUUUGGGAAGGCUCCCUAGAUGGACGAAACGCAUUGCUCUAUCUUCAACGAGCAUGCCAAUCUCGGUUGCAGGUGCAGGUCAAGGUCUUUCAGGAUGCCAUCCGCGGCUUCAAGGAGGAUCCAGGGUCUGCUGCAGAAUGUCUCCAGUGUGCGCGAACGCGCAGGAGGCCUACUGGACAAAGCUUCAGCACUCGUGGACACCAUGGUGCCGAGCUUUCAAUGUGAGGAAACAGUGA